CACACACACACACACACACACACACACACACACUGCGGUGAGAAGUCAGCAGGACACAGCAGUCUGACUGGUUCUGUUUGCUGGACUUCAGCAGGCAGAGGAGAAGCAGUCCAUUCUACAUGACUCCAUCUGAGAUGUCGUGGCAUUCGUCUUUCCGCUGCUCAAAGUUUCGCCACGUGUUCGGUAAGCCGUCCACGCGGGAUCACAGCUACGACGGGGUGCCAAUCACACGCAGCGUCCAUGACAACCACUACUGCUCAGUCAACCCCUGCUUCAUCGCCGUGGUGACGGAGUGUGCCGGGGGCGGGUCCUUUUUGGUCCUGCCGAUCCAUCACACCGGCAGGGUGGACCCUCAGCACCCGAGGGUGUGCGGUCACAGUGGAAGAGUUCUGGACGUCAAGUGGAACCCGUUCGACGAUCACUGCAUCGCCUCGUGCUCGGAGGACUGCACUGUGAAGAUCUGGGACAUCCCGGUCUGUGGGGUCCAACAGAACCUCACCAAGGCCAGGAAGACUCUGAUUGGUCACUCCAGGAGGGUGGGGCUUAUUGAGUGGCAUCCGACAGCUGAGAACCUGCUGCUCAGCUCCGCCUACGACUACAAGGUCCUCCUCUGGGAUGUGUCCCAGGCAGGCACAGUGCUCAGGUACCCGGUCCGAGUGGUUCUGAUGCCCGUCUACCACCGCUACCCGUCUGACACGCUGCUGCUGUCUGUCAGCUUCAACAGAGAUGGCAGCAGGCUGGCGGUCACGUCCAAAGACAGACGAGUCCGAGUCCUGGACCCACGCACAGGAAAGAUCCUGCAGGUGUCCAGCAGUAAGUCCCACAGGGCCAACAAGGUUUUAUACAUCGGAGGUUUGAAGAUGCUUCUGUCCACCGGCAGCUCACCUUGGAACCACCGACAGAUCGUCCUCUGGGAUCCUGACGACUUAUCGGAGCCUCUGUAUGAAGAAGAUUUGGACGGGUCUGCCGGAGUUCUCUUUCCCUUCUACGACCCCGACACCAACAUGCUCUACUUGGCUGGAAAGGGUGACGGGAACAUCCGGUACUACGAGCUGAGCUCUGAGAAACCUUACAUCAACUUCCUGACGGAGUACAGGUCCCUGCUGCCACAGAAAGGAAUCGGAGUGAUGCCAAAGCGCGGCCUGGACGUGAAUGCCUGUGAGGUUUUCCGAUUUUACCGUCUGAUUGCCAUCAAAGACCUGGUCGAGCCACUGUCGAUGAUCGUUCCACGGAAGGAGUCAGGUGUUUUCCAAGAGGAUCUGUACCCGAUGACAGCCGGACACCAGGCGGCCAUGACGGCUCAGGAGUGGCUGUCUGGGAUCGACAGAGGCCCUGUGCUGAUGUCCCUGAAGCCUGGGACUCGAGUAGCCAACCCUUACCCAGAAACCCCUGCUGAGAAGGGGCUCGUGAGGCAGUUGAGCUCCCUGAGAUUCGAGAUGGGCCCAGCUGAUGGUGCCGUGACCGGGACAGAUGUGAACUUUAUGGAAGAGGCCUUCCUUGAGGAGCAGCUGGCGUACCAGGACGCUAAAUACCUCAGAGAGGUAAGCGACCUGUCGGGAUGGCAGCCAGAUGAGACCCAGAUCCCACUGUGGACGUACUGCUGCACCCCACACUGCUGUGAACCUGCAGAGAGGCCGCCGCCUACAACCGAGAGCGAGCUCCUGCAGGUGUUUUACAGGCAGCAAGACGAGAUUAGAGGCCUGAGAGAACAACUUAAUCAGAAAGACGUGAGUAUUCAAACACAAUCAUGCAAAGACACACAAGGCAGUCGGCCAACAUCUAUAUAUCAUCCUCGAGGAUCAAAACCCAGGAAGGAUUUGGGACUGAUCAACAUCCAGAUGAAUUAUAAAGAUGAUAGAAUACCAUCAGCUGUAGCCCUGUGACCUCAGCAGUCCAAGGCUGUGUCAUACCUCUGAGUGUAAUUAGUAAAAUUGGGGUAAUUAAAGUGACCGUUUGUUUGUGCUGUGCAGGCGAGGAUCACUCAGCUGGAGCUGGAGAUCAAAAACGCCAGAAACAACAUGAGGGCGACCUUCUGAUUCAACCAAUCACAUCUCACGCUGCUGUGUAGAACCUGGACCAAUCAACAGUUCCAGCCAAUAAAGCAAAGACUGACGACGUCUUUACUUGAUUUGGGUGUUUGUGUUUACACUUUCAGAUGGUUUUAAAUUCUAUUUGUGUAUCCUUGACUCCUGGGAUCUUUGUCAUGGCACAAGAUAUUUGGGUAAGCCAGAUAUUUUUGGGGGUUGUGGCAUCAUGAUCUAGAUCACCAAACUAACCAAUGCUUCCUGGAGUAGAUUAAUAAAAGUUUAAGUUAUUUUUUGGCCUUUUAGGGUUAGUCGAUGCAUUGAGUAUGGACGUAUAUCUGUGGAUCAGACUUCAGGCAU